CGUGGUUGGUUUCUCAGCUCCGGAUUGCGAUUCCCCUGAAAUCGAUACUCUGCCUCCGUCGCUGGAAUCUCCGACGAUCGAAUCUCACGGUUUCGCUUAAUCACCCCCCGGGUAAACUCUUUAUAGCCCCGAUAUUCAGAGAACUUGUUUCAUCAGAAAUUAAAAGCGAUAAUAUCUGAAAAUUGAAAUGGUUUCUUGCUUAUGCAACUCCGAUGCGUUGAAAUCGAAUUGGAGCUUAGAUCAAAGUUGGAGACUUUCUGCUUCUCUUCGCCUUGACUCAACCACUGUUAAUCCUUGUGUUUUCUUUUUGUCAAGUUAUUUGGUCAUGGAAGUUACCGGACAAGCAGCGAAGAAAGAGGUUUCAAAGACUGUAAACGAUGACGUUUCAUCAGUCGAGAUUAAAGUGUUGUUAUUCGCCAGAGCGCGUGAGCUCACGGGUGUGCCUGAUCUAACACUGAAGAUGCCAUCAGGUAGUACAACGAAGAAAUGUAUGGACGAGUUGGUCAUCAAGUUUCCAAAGUUAGAAGAGGUGCGCAGCUGCGUCGUUCUUGCUUUGAACGAGGAAUAUACUACUGAUUCGGCCAUUGUUAACCACAGAGAUGAGUUAGCCAUUAUACCUCCUAUAAGUGGUGGCUAAUGCUUUUGUAUAUGCAAAAUCUUCUUUUGUAACUUGGGUUUGUAUUUUCAUUACCAAUAAAAUCAUAAAUGUAACAGUUUAAGACUUGAGACUCGUUACUUUUGUUUAAAACAAAACAAAACAAAACAAAACAAAA